AUGCAUUUGCCCCCACCCGGCCCUCUGCUGCACCCGCGUGUGAGUUUGCUCCCCUCGUUUGCAAGACAGCGGGUCCCCCGUGGCUCCGCCUUCCCGGAGCGGUCCCGGAGUCCCCGGCCCGGACGCCGGGUGGGCGUGGCCCCGGAAGGCGUGGUCCACGAAGACCCCGCCCUUCUCUGUGACGCCACGCCGGAAUCUGGAAUCCCGCUCCGAGGGCUCCGCGAGCGGCGGCGCCGGCGGGCGGCUCUGGUCCCGCAGCUCGGCUCGUUCGGGGCGGCGCGGGGCGCAGCAGCCAUGAGCGAGACGGGCGACCCCGCGCUCCCGCACGGCCGGCCCGGCCGGCAGCCCGCCCUUCACCACGGUAAGGGCCGGUCAGGUCAGGUCAGAUCAGGCCGGCGCGGGGCGCCCCCGACCCACCUCGCCGAUCGGGGUCCGGGUCCGGGGCUCUGGGGAGACGGGGCCUUGGUGGGCGUUGGUGCCCAGAGGAUCACUUUCAUCCUUUCAGGGUCUGAUGGCUCACAAAAGGCAGCAGAGGAGGAGCUUUCCCUAGAGAGUGCCACGGUCUCGUCAACUCUAUCUGGGGUCAAGGGCGAGCUGGGGGAGGAGGAGAGGCAACUGGAUGCUUUUCUGCCUUCAUCCCCAGAGAACCUAUCCAUGGACUCCGGGUCUGUCACUCCCUUUGUGCAUUUCCUCCAAGAACUGCCCAGCUACCAGUCGGUUGCACGCAAGAGGACAACUGUCCUCCACCGAGACAAGCCAAGUAGCACUCUGCGGAAGCCAACAAGUUCUCUUAGCUCUCAGCUGGAGAGCGGCUUUGCUGGGAACUGCAGUAACCAGUCUAUCCGGAAAUAUGCGCUGAACAUCUCUGAGAAGAGAAGACUAAGAGAUAUUCAGGAGACCCAGCUGAAGUACCUCUCCGAGUGGGACCAGCUGAAGCGCUACAGCAGCAAGUCUUGGAAGCGGUUCCUGGAGAAGGCCCGGGAGGUGACGUCACACCUGGAGCUAUGGCGGGAGGACAUCCGCAGCAUCGAAGGGAAAUUCGGCACCGGGAUCCAGUCCUACUUCUCCUUCCUACGGUUCCUGGUGUUACUGAACUUGGUGAUAUUUCUGAUCAUCUUCUCGUUGGUUUUGCUCCCCAUCUUGCUUACUGAAUACAAGAUUACCAACAGCAGCCUUGUGCACAUUCCCUCCAAAGGCGUAGAUAUACAUUGCACCGUGUACCCUCUCAGCAGCUCGGGACUUAUUUACUUCUACAGUUAUGUCAUAGACCUGCUCUCGGGCACAGGUUUCCUGGAGGAGACAAGCCUCUUUUAUGGCCAUUACACCAUCGAUGCGGUGAGAUUCCAGAACUUCACCUACAAUCUGCCUCUGGCUUACUUGUUAAGCUCAGUUGCUUACCUGGCCUUGAGUCUUCUCUGGAUAGUGAAAAGGUCGGUGGAAGGAUUCAAAAUCAAUCUGAUCCGGAGCGAAGAGUAUUUUCAAAGUUACUGCAACAAGAUCUUCGCUGGCUGGGAUUUCUGCAUCUCUAACCGCAGUGUGGCCGAGCUGAAGCACAGCAGCCUGCGUUAUGAGUUGCGGGCCGAUCUGGAGGAAGAACGAAUCCGACAGAAGAUUGCAGAGAGGACCUCGGAAGAGAAAAUCCGGAUUUAUACCCUGAGGUUCAUCCUGAAUGGUGUGGUGCUGGCUGUGCUUGGGGCUUGCUUCUAUGCCAUCUAUUGUGCCACCAUAUUCUCGCAGGAGCAUAUGAGUAAAGAAAUUGACAAGAUGGUUUUUGGGGAGAACCUCUUGAUCCUCUAUCUGCCUUCAAUAGUUAUCACAUUGGCCAAUUUCAUCACCCCCAUGAUCUUUGCCAAGAUCAUCCACUAUGAGGAUUACUCUCCUGGCUUCGAGAUCAAGCUCACCAUCUUGAGGUGUGUGUUUAUGCGCCUGGCCACCAUCUGUGUGCUGGUAUUCACGCUGGGCUCCAAGAUCACAUCCUGCGGCCAUGACUCAUGCGAACUCUGCGGAUACAACCAGAAGCUCUACCCGUGCUGGGAGACCCAGGUCGGACAGGAGAUGUACAAACUGAUGAUCUUUGACCUCAUCAUCAUCUUGGCCGUGACCCUCUUUGUGGAUUUUCCGAGGAAGAUUUUGGUCACCUACUGCUCAUCGUCGAAGCUGAUUCAGUGCUGGGGGCAGCAGGAGUUUGCCAUCCCGGAUAAUGUUCUGGGCAUUGUGUACGGGCAGACAAUAUGCUGGAUUGGAACCUUCUUCUCCCCUCUCCUCCCUGCCAUUGCCACCUUGAAGUUCAUUAUUAUUUUUUAUGUUAAAAAGAUGAGUCUUCUUUAUACCUGCAGACCCUCCCCAAGGCAAUUCCGAGCGUCCAAUUCAAAUUUCUUCUUCCUGUUGGUGUUGUUGAUUGGGCUGUGUUUGGCGAUCAUCCCACUGACAGUCAGCAUGGCACGCAUCACUUCGUCCAAGGCCUGCGGGCCGUUCACCAACUUCAACACGACAUGGGAUGUGGUUCCCCGCACGGUCAACACCUUCCCCAGCUCGCUGCAGGCCAUAGUCCAUGGCGUCACCUCGGAAGCCUUUGCUGUGCCCUUCUUUAUAAUCAUAUGCCUCAUCAUGUUCUACUUCAUGGCGUUGGCUGGAGCACAUAAGCGGGUGGUGCUGCAGCUUCGGGAGCAGCUGGUCCUGGAAAGCCGGGACAAGAGGUACCUAAUCCAAAAGCUAACAGAAGCCCAGAGGGAUGUGAGGAGUCCUCGAGACUGAUGGCAAAGAUGUAUCGUACAAGACUCCUCAUUUCACUGAGCGCUCACUGUGCUCACUGCCUAAGUUGGGAGGAGAAUCAGGAGAAGGACAGACAGUGGGAGAAGAGUACAGCUACGGAGCCAUGUGCCUUGUGUGGGGGUGACUGCAGGCAUCAUUCCCGGCAACAUAGUAUGUAUGUUUGUAUUUUUUCUCUUAAAGUUUUCUCCAGUCUUUGUUUUCUUGGAAAGUGACUUUCCAUGUGCCUCCUGGCGACCAUACUCAGCCCUGACAACAUUUCAAUGACUUGGAAAAGCAAGCUCCAAGUCAAGACUUUUAUGGUUUGUUUUUAUUUUAUGUGGGGGGGGGGGCACAUCCAGCUCCUUAAAUGAAGCUCUCAGCCAUGGUACCAGCUCCAGCUCUUUUAGCAUCUCUCUGGAGCAGCUUCAGGAGGUCAAGCUCACCGAGGAAGAUGCUUCUCCAGUUCCUCCCUCGUUACUGUGUUGGAGUCUGUUCUGGUUCUGAGCCCGUUGGGGCUCCCCCAUCCGGCAGAAUGUCCAGCAUUUUGAUUCACAGAAAUGGGACCCUUCCUGCAGAACCAGUUCUUGGGACAUGCUGGCAAAGACGUGGUCCCCAG